AUGACGACGGACGACCGGACCGCCAUCGCGCCCGCGCCGACCGAGCGCCUCAUGGAGGCAGCGCGUGAGGAAGACAUGCACAUGGACGAAGCUCUAGUGAUGGAGUCUGCGCCUGAAGAUGAAGCCGUCGAGGAUGACGCCACCAGCAAAGACCCCAAGGGCGUCGGCCAAGGCGAAGCACAUGACGCCGAGGAAGAGCCGAUGCGUGAGAAAGAGCCCCGCGAAGACGACGAAGCGCCAUAUAUGAACGUCAACAACGUCGAGGAGGCCGUCAACGAAGCCCCGGUCGUGGUUGAAGAGGAGAGCGCUGUCACCCUGGCGACCGACGAGACUGCCGCUUCUGAGCUUGAAGCGCCUGCCCACGAGGAGAUCCUCCAUGAUGUCGCUGUCGGGACCGAGCCCGAGGCGCCGGAAGCUCUCAUGACACCUGCCAAGACCAACCUGGUGGCCUCAGACGCCUCGGUCGACGCAGUGUACACGACGCCGCAAGCCAAGGGUGCGUUCAGCGGGGACAUUUCGUUUGACGGUCCGAGCCACUUUGAUCUGAACACGCCGAGCGCAGACGCCAAGUACCUUCGUGGCGAGGACGCCAAGACGGCCUUUGUCAAGACGCCGUACAAGCCGGCGAACGCCAAGCUCAGCUACACGUCGCUGGAGCUCCAAGCCAUCAAAGCGCGCCGCGCCGAGCUCGAAAAGGAAAAGCUUCGCAAUGAAAAGUACCGACUUGUCGCGCAGAAGCAGUCGACGCACCAAAUGGUCGAGCGAUCCACCAAGCCGCUGACGCUGCCGAUCACGCCCGAGCUGCUCAGCACCAAGCGCGGUGCGUUGCGCUGCGUUGGUCACGACGCAACCCACCCGUGCACGCCCGAGUGCGACCGCAAGGCCGCCUUCUUGACCGCCGAGGAGCUUGUCGCGCGCCCCGACCGCGUAACUGGCAUCCCACAUUCCAAGCCCUUGCGCCGAACGUCGGCGCACUCGCCGUUCCUGCAGACUGCGACCCGCGCCCGUCGCAGCGACGUCACCGAGGCCGAAACCACCAACAACGGGCCGAUCUCGGCCGCCGAUCUCGUGUGCCGCAAGCCCCGCGCUGCGUCGCCAGCCCGGACGUUCAAGCGCACGGUACCCGCGUCGCCCUUCCUAGAGACCAAGCACCGCGCCAAGAAGCCGCGCUUUGACGACAAGGAGAACAUGGACCCGUCGACGCCCGUGGUCACGGCGGAAGCGCUCGUGGCGCGCCCACUGCACACCAAAAUGCCACACGACGUAGCCAAGAAGACAAUUACGAUCGCGGCCGCGCCCCACCUCAUGACGAUGGAGCGAGCGACGAUGCAAGCGACGUACCGCAAGGCGGUGCCACAAGUCGACGAAGACGCGAUCGAGCUUGCCAAGCAGUUUCACGCGUCGCCAGUACCAACGUCUUUGCAUAAACCAAGCACGCUCAAGAAGACGCGCCGGUCGCCGCUAUCGACGGUGCAAGCCAAGACGCCGCCGCUCAAGUCGCUCGAGCGCCACCGCAAGUACAAGGCGGAUUUCGAAGCGCGUCAACAGAAGCAGCUCGAGGACGAUGACGCCAAGCGCGUCUUCAAGGCGCAGCCAAUGCCGAUCGUCACGGGCACCACGCUUGUCGUCAAGUCCAAGACGCCGCUGACAGUUGCCGCGCCGUUCCAGUGCCCCGGCGACGUCUUCCACGAGCGCCAUCUCGAGCACAUGCAGGUCCUCCGCGAAAAGGCCGAAGACGACUUGCGCAACCAGAUGCGCGUCAAGGCGACGCCGAUCAUGCUCUCGACGCACGUCGUCGGCGUCGCGCCAUCGACCAAGCCCUUGACCGAGGCCAAGAGCCCGUCGCUGGCGCUCAAGCGGCGCAUGGUCGACCGUGCGGCGUACGACCGCAAGGAGCAGGAGCGCCGCCAGCAAGACGAGGAAGCCCGCCUGGUGCUGGCAAAGGAAGCGGCGCGCAAGGAGCAACUCGAGCUCAAGGCGUACCGCAAGAACGAGCUCACGUUUCGCGCGCUCAAGCGGCGAAGGACCAAGGCGCUGGAGUAG